GGAAACUUUAGUUCCUGUUUUGAUGUGUACACAUGAACAGUGCCACUGAGUCAUUAGAUCAUGAAGAAAACAAUAAUUUUGUUCAGCCUUCUGCUGAUGAGCUCUACUAGUUCAGGAGAACCUUCACUUUUCCACAAGAGAAAGAUAACCCGUGGGGUUGGAUGCUCAACUAGUCAAACAGUUACUGGGGUAGUAGAUUGCAAGCUGCUCUGUAGAGUGGAAGCAACCUGUAAAUCCUUCAAUUAUGGAAAUGAGAUGUGUGAACUGUGUCCUGAUGAAAUAUCAAAUGGAUAUAAAGAUAUUGGACGUAACACUGAUGGAAUGUUCUUCUACACUGCAAGCAGGAAGGAGGAUCAGAAAAUUACUGAAGCGCUGUCUGUCUGCCCAAUAUCUCAUCCUUUUCCAUUUGCUGGUGGUCUUAAGUGCUGUGAGAAGAAUUUGGCUGAUCCUGCAAAUGUUGUAACUAAUUCACAUGGAUAUCUUACUCUCAGUUCAAACACAUGCUUGGGAACAAAUGUUGUUUGUCCUUUUACAGUGUGUUCUAGAAACCAGACUUUAAAUGCUCUCUCAAUUCUCAAGAUCCCAUAUGCUGAUCUCCGAGAUCACUACCAGGUGGAAGAAAUACCAAACACGGCAUCAUCCUCUAGCUGCCAGUGGUAUUGUGAAACUGACACUAUGUGUAAGGGUUGGUAUUGGAUUUGGUCUGAUUAUCCUGGAUCUGCAGCAAAGAAAUGUGUUUUGAUGAAUGGCUCCAAUUUAAAAUUUAGGGUAUCCUCAGGGUCACUGAUGACUACAGCUGGGUUCAAAUCCAGCAUCAUUGUCUGGAACUAGAUUAUCAGCUGAUGAAUCCAGCAUCAUUGUCUGGAACUAGAUUAUCAGCUGCUGAAUCCAGCAUCAUUGUCUGGAACUAGAUUAUCACCUGCUGAAUCCAGCAUUAUUGUCUGGAACCAGAUUAUCAGCUGCUGCUGAAUCAAGCAAUAAUGUCUGGAGCUAAAUUAUCAGUUAAUUUAAUAUAAAACACAAUUUUAGAUUAUUUACAAAUACAUGAUAGCAAGUGA